AUGGAUACUCCUACUCAAUACAAAGUCUAUAUCGGUCAAUACUGUGACCCGGCACGACCCAAUGACGAUCCCAAGUACUGGGCGCUCAUAGUCAAGAAGACCUCGCGGGACUUUGAAGGGAACUCUCACGCUACCAGUGAUGUUUUCCGUGUUCGGGAUGGCUUCCGCCUCGAGCACAAGAAAUACGACGGUUACAAUGCCUCGUUACUAUACCGAGGCGCCGCACUUAUCGGGUAUCUGGAAACAACCCAUCUCCAGGAGGCCGCGGCACUUCUCGAGAGCGAUAAUCCAUACCGUGAAAAUUACUAUCGUUGGGCUCGCAAGGACAGGGUUGAGUGCGCCCUCUCCGUCCUACGGGAUCAAGAAUAUUUCACGCCGCGGGGCGGGCCCUUCACGACCACUGUUCUGCAGAAAAUGAUAAAAAAACCUCGCCUACUGUACCCGACCCAGGCGGUCAAUAGAAUUAUCCUUAUCAUGAUUGCGUCGCCGAUUGCCCAUCGUUCUUUGUGCCGUUUCAAGCCAGAGGGCGCGCAAGAGAUUCAUGUGGCUUCUGAAUCCGUGCUGGACGCCAGCCCUGCAAAUUCUCCUGUGGUUGUCGUGCCUCCAAAGCGAAAACGCUCCGUGAAGGUCCCUGAGGCUUCGAACUUGACAGCCGCAGAGCCAACCAUAGCAUCAGCCGACCCAGUACCUCUAAUGGAAUACCCUAUAGCAGCAGCAACCGCUGCGGUUCUAGUCCUCAGCGAGCCGCUCCCAGGUCUCGCGGGUUCUACCGUAUCGCCUCGCAGACGCGCAUCCGCCCGCUCAACCACUAAGAAGAAGGUGAACUACACGGAAGCCACCACUGACGGCGAAGACGAACCCACAAACUUGGCCGCAGGAGAUGGGAACGAGGGACAGCUCACGGCGCUGGACGACGAAUCAGCGGAGGCGAAACCGAGGGAGAAGCGUACACGGCGCAAGAAGGACGCGGAGCCCGUGGUGUAUGACAUACCCGCUGUGGAACGGAAGCAAACCAGUUUCACAGGUCGCCUCGGCUACGCGUGUCUCAACACCAUCUUGCGUCUGCGCAAGCCAGAGCCUGUUUUCUGCUCGCGCACGUGCCGACUUGAUACGAUUCGUAAGAAUGGCAUUGAGUUCGCGAAGGACCUCGGGCGCAGGAACGCUACGGAUCUCCUCGAAAUGAUUGAGUGGAACGAGGAGAACAAAAUCCGCUUUUUCCGCGUAUCUUCGGAGAUGUUCCCGUUCGCGUCGCACAAGGUGCAUGGGUAUGACUUGACGUACGCGCACGAGGAGCUCAAGGCUGCCGGGGCACUAGCAAAGCACUACGGCCAUCGACUCACUACCCAUCCCGGCCAGUUCACACAACUCGCGUCGCCUCGUGAGGAUGUCGUCGAAGCAAGUGUGCGAGAACUUGAUUAUCAUUGCCAGAUGAUGCGCUACAUGAAUCUUGACCAGGACAGUGUGAUCAUCAUCCACAUGGGGGGCGUGUACGGCGACAAGGACGGUGCGCUCGCACGUUUCCGCGAGAAUUACACGACGAAGCUCACGGAUGAGAUGAAGGCGCGACUCGUGCUCGAGAAUGACGAAAUGUGUUACAACCCAGACGAGCUGCUCCCUAUAUGCGAGGAGCUGAGUAUCCCCAUGGUGCUGGAUUACCAUCACAAUUGGAUCAAUCCGAGUGUGCUCCCAUUUCCGGAGCUCUUGCCUCGCAUUGCGGCAACAUGGACGCGGAAGGGCAUCCGGCAAAAGCAGCACCUCAGCGAGCCGCGUCCGGGCGCAGAGAGCGUCAUGGAGAAGCACGCUGACCGGUGCCAAGAGCUGCCCGAAGUUCUCGUCGGCGACGACGUCGAUCUAAUGAUUGAGGCAAAGGACAAGGAACAGGCCGUGUUCCACCUAUAUCGCAUUUACGGUCUCGAGCCCGUUAUUAAUGCGAAUCUGCGCCCGGAGAAACCGCCGAAACCGUUCAUCCGCGUAAAAGGGCGCGCAGCUGCCGAUGACGACGAGGGCGAUGGAGAGGAUGCCGCUGAGGAGGUAGACGAAGAUGGUGCGCGCGCGACGAGGGCGAAGACGCGCGUAAAGAGGACGAAAGCGGACGUGGCAGAAGAGGGUGCGGAUGAGCUCACGCCUAGCGCUACCGGUGAAUCCGGGGAAGCGGCGCCCACCAUGGUGACACCUACGUCGUCACCGAUAAAGCGUGCGCCGAAGCCGAGACGCACAGCGACGAACGUCAUCGCAUCGCAGGCCGAAAUCGAGGUUGCCGCCGAUCCCAUGCCAUUGAAGCGCAAGUCGCGCUCGAAGCCUGAUCCCGCGUCCUCGCCGAAGAAGCGGCGAACAGUAUCUAAGCUGAUGACGAAGGCACGCGAGCUGAUCAAUCAGGAAGAGGACGUGCAGCCUGUUGACGGAGCGCGCGCGGAGGAUGUAGAAGCGGACGAGCAUCCUGAGGCUGUGAUGGCAGAGGAAACGGAAACAAUUACGGACGAGGUUGGCACUUGUGCAAGCGGAAGGGCCAGAGCGGUGUCGGGAACAGUAAAGUCUUGA